AUGCCGCGGCACCCGGCGGCGAAGAAGCACCAGCAUAACAACCGCCAUGAGAAUGGUCUUGUAGGACCCGGAAAACGUGUCACCAAGCAAAAGUCGAAUGGUCACCUCAAUGGCACCGCAAAGGGCCCUGUCCCAUCCGAGCCUGUUUCUCAGCCCAGUCCUACCGAGAACCCCGUGAGCACAGCAAGCAGCGACCGUGGAUCGGCAGCAGCCUCGGAUACGCAACAAGAUCCCUCAAGACCCGCGCUCAACCUUCAAUCCGUGGUUGGCGACACGGAUUCAGGCGCGGCGAAAGAGAAAGAUAUCAAGUUGGAGGCGAAUGGAUCUUCUAUGCUACAUCAACGACGAGGCGACAUGGGGGUUUCCAAAUCAAAGGCUCAAGACAUCAGUGUCCUCCAUCUGGCGUCGACAAUCUUGCGAUCCCGGCCAGCUACUGACACCGUCUCCCUGCUGAUUGUGCUGCUGGCUCUCCCCUCGGUAAUCUUGACCAUCGUUCAGGCCCUGUUCGCAUCCUUGACCCUGAUGCCAGGAGGCGGUGCUGGUACCCCAACGUCAUUGCUGUCAUUGCUCGAUAUCUUCCAGGGAUCGGCAGGAGUUCCGAACUUCAGCACUAUAGGGAUUGUGGACACAAUUAUCUUUGGACUAUGGAUCUGCUUGUGGGGUUGGGCACAGAAUUUUGCGCUCGACUUGGCCCAGAUACAAAUCGCCAUCACUCUAGGCAAUGGUAGCUCCGGUAAAACCAGCAGGGUCAACACCUUCUGCGUUGCAGGCGUGCUUCUGUUGCAUCUGGCUCGGAGCAGGGACGUGCGCCGCUUCCUCUACUCGAACCUGGUACCGGUCGACCUGCUUUCUCAGACCGGGCUAUGGGAAUACUUGAAAUAUCUUCCGACAGAUCGUGAUUUUGGGGAUAGCCCCGGGCCGCCGUCCUAUAUCCGAAGUCUUUUUGCAAUACAUAUCAUUGCUCAAGGUGGAAUGGCGAGUUUUCGUCGCUACAUUUCUUCAUACUCCACCGGGUCCGCUAAAUCAAAACGAAUAGAUACGGAAGCCUCUGCAGGCUCCAUAUCUGACGCUUCAGCUCUGGACGGCUCGACUCCGGCGGGGGUGUCGUCCUCGGUCGAUUACCAACCGCCUCCCACGCCUGGUUUCAAGGAUGGCAAGGAUAACAAAAGCAUAAGUGCGAAGAAACGCAGGCGCCAGGCGAACCAUGUCAGAAGCAAACAACCGUUCUGGGCUGCGCUUGCUAGCACCAAAGUCCAUGUGCUCAGGGAGGUCGAGCACAACAAAGCACUACCAACCGUUGUAAAACAGGAAGGCAGCCCCUUCGAAGCAACCCACCACGACCUGGUGUCUAUCACUAACGUAGAACCCUCGUCCAUCAUGUUUGAAGCAACCUACACCUACGAAUCUGCGCAGCCACAAGACUCCUCACGGAAAGCAGAUUGCCGGCCAUUCUACGUUCGCAUCAACGGAGCGAAAUGGCACGCACUAUCUUUAGACCCGCCGGUAACGCGCUCCAAACCCGACGGAACCGCUCGUUGGACUGGAACAAUAUCAGGAUUAGCGCCCAACUGCACCUAUACCUGCACUUUCAUCGACUGCACGGGAGAUGAGGACUUUGCCUCUAUUAUGGUCAAGACCCCAAUGCUCUCGGACAAGGAUCUACCCCCUUCGAUGGCGCCCGUAUCUGCCCUUCAACCGACUGCGCCUGCCUCGCCCACGACCACCUUGAAAAACUCCAUUGCGACAGGCGAAGCUAAAUUAACUGAAGCCCGUAAUCGCCUCACCAAGGUUAAGCGCCAGCACAGAAGCACACAAGCCAAGGUUGAGAAGGAAGUGGAAAACUUCACGGCUCGUCUGAAAAUCGCCAGCGACGAUAGCAAGCAGAGGCAGAAGUUGUGGCAAGCUGAACGGACCCGGCAGCAGACUGAGGACGCCAACGUGGAGCUUGGCGCUGCCCUUGAAAAUCUGGUUUCCACGCCCGAGGAUGACCAUGACGACUACGCAACCGCCAAGGUUACACACGACGAGCAGCAGAACCUCCUCUCGGAAGCGAACGAAGCUCUGGCGAAAGCUCGUGCAGCUGCAAAUGACGAUACAACUUGUGUCAACCAGGAAUUGAGCACGAUCGUCGCGCGGAAAGAACGCCUGUCCGGCCGCAACUCGAAGCUGACCGAGCAGCACGACAGAAUCACCCAUGCCAAUGUCGAGGGUCUCAAUGAAAAGGAAAGGAAAGCUGCUGAAUCACUUGCUAGAAGCGCUGAGCAGCAGAAGCGCGAAUCCGAGUUGAACCAAGAGAUUCUCAACCUUGAGCGGGAGGUAAGAGGCGCAAAGAUGCGAUGGGAAAGCAACGCUCGCGAGCUUGAUAUCCUUGAAAGGCAGGAAAUGGCGCAUAGGCAGAUGAUGCUCAGUAACAGCGGUCCUCUGACGCCAGAAGGUGAACUGCCAGGCACCCGUAGCCUGCCGCAGCACGCACGUCCCUACGCAUUCGGCAGCUUUCAAGCAUUUCCCAACAGUCCAGUCAUCCCAGAAGUCCAAGGUUCUCCCUUUGCGGCAUACGCCAAGACUCUUCCCACCGUUGAUCAACGCCGACCAAGAUCCAACACCAACCACUCAGCCGGCGGAAUUAGUAACUUCUCUGCUGAUUUUGAGGAUGCGGACCCUAUACCUCCUAUGCCGACAACGACGGAGUACGAUACCGCUGGUCGAAAAGGCAGCGGCAGUAGCAGAGGCAAGAACAACGGCAGCCCAGCCGGGAUCAUUGGUGGUGCGUUGCGCAGUCCGCAGAGAGGCAGCUACAGCCCAGGGCACAUCCCGGGUUCGACUACGUGGUAG